GCACAAACAAAACAGAACAACAGCUGUUGCUGUUGUGGUGAUGGAUGGUACGGGAUGGACAACUAUCGGAUUGAACGGCGCGUUGGGGAAGGUGCCCACGGGGUUGUGUUUCUUGGCGUCCACCUGGCAAGCGGGCAGCGCGUGGCGUUGAAGAAGGUGACGCUGGCCCGCCUGGACGAUGGCAUCCCAACCCAGGUCAUCCGCGAGAUCCGCGCCCUGUGCCAGCUCACGCACAAGAACGUCGUCACGCUGCACGACGUGUUUCCGUCCGGCAUGGGCAUCAUGCUGUGCUUCGAGUACAUGGCCAGCGAUCUCGCCCGUGUCCUUCAAGGGCAGAACCUUCCGCUCUCCGCUCCACACGUCAAGCGCUACAUGUCCAUGCUUCUCUCCGGCGUUGACUUUUGCCACUCCCACGCCAUCGUCCAUCGCGACCUCAAGCCUGCAAACCUACUCAUCAGCGCGACUGGGCAGUUGAAGAUUGCCGACUUUGGGCUUGCGCGCGUGUACGAUGAAGCAAGACCAAUGAGCCACCAGGUGGCCACGAGGUGGUACCGUGCUCCAGAGCUGCUGUAUGGGGCACGCGUCUACGACUUUGGCGUUGACAUCUGGGCCGUCGGCUGCAUCUUUGGAGAGCUCCUCAACAACUCGCCCCUGUUUCCGGGCGAGAACGACAUUGACCAGCUCUCCUGUGUCAUCCAGGCCCUUGGAACGCCCACACGACAAGACUGGCCGGAACUCGACUCGCUUCCCGAUUUUGCAAAGAUCAACUUUGAUCCCACAGACCCCCAGCCCAUGCACGAAAUCCUCCCCGACGCAACGCAGGACGCCAUCAACCUGUGCUCGCAAUUCCUCGUCUACUCGUCCUCCCGCCGUCUUCCUGCCGCAAAGGCACUGGUGCACCCGUACUUCUUCUCGUAUCCCCUGCCUGCGCACCACUCGGAACUCAAGCUGCCAACCUCUUCCCAGCCGGAGAGCAUGCGGCUACGACUCGUGUCUGAUCUUCCCUUUGUCACAUUCGAGGACGAUGACGACGAUGAGUUGUGA